AUGAAGAAGGAUAUUUCUAAAUAUUCAGUUCAAAUAGGAGCAGCUCGGUUUCAGUUAACACACAUGGGUCCUUACUUAUUUCGAGAAGAAAGGAGUGAUCCAGAUCCCAGGGUGCAUCGCUUUAUACCAGACACAUGGCAGAGGGAGCUUCUUGAUGUUGUAGAUAAUAAUGAAUCUGCUAUAAUUGUUGCCCCGACUUCAUCAGGGAAAACCUAUGCUUCUUACUACUGCAUGGAGAAAAUCCUGAGAGAGAGCGAUGAAGGGGUGGUUGUGUAUGUUGCUCCAACAAAGGCUCUUGUUAAUCAAGUGGUGGGAACUGUCUGCAGUUUAUUUACCAAAGCACUACCCAAAGGAUUAGUGGUGUGUGGAGUUUUUACAAGGGAUUACCGUCAUGACACCUUGAAUUGUCAGAUAUUGGUGACAGUGCCUCAGUGUUUGGAAAUCCUCUUGCUAUCACCUCAUACACAGCAGUGGGUGAAAAGGAUAAGAUAUGUCAUAUUUGAUGAGGUUCACUGUCUUGGGGGAGAAAUUGGAGCAGAAGUUUGGGAACAUCUUCUUGUUAUGAUUCGGUGCCCCUUUCUGGCACUUUCUGCUACUAUCAGUAAUCCUGAACACCUCACUGAAUGGCUGGUGUUAAUUAAAAGGUACUGGCAACAUGUUGAGAGCACAAUGGAAAAUUCUGGUCCAGCACAAAAUACCUUGAAACUUUCAAAGAAACAACAAAGAAAAAGAAUAGAAAAGCCAUCACACAGAGUUAGACUGGUAUGGUACAAAGAGCGAUACAACGAUCUAGAAAAGUAUGUGUGUUCCCUAAAGGAUGACAACUUUAUCAUUGAACACUAUCACCCGUGUGCUGCACUUACCGUCAGUCAUAUGCAGAAAUAUGGAAUCCCUUUAGACCUCGGAUUUUCUCCACGGGAAAGCGUACUACUUUAUGAUGCCAUGGUCCAUGUUUGGCCAGAAUGGACAAGAGUGCAGGAGUUAGAACCUGAAGAAUUCAGGUGCUUCAAAAAUAAAGUAGUCAUCAUGAGGGCAGAUGCCAAGAAAUACGAAGAGGAACUGAAAAAGGAAUUGAUGCACUGGAUUCAGCUGGACCCAAGCAAGGUGAAUCAGUUACUAAACUACCUUAAGCCUGAAACUUUUGACAGUGCAGAAUCUGAAAAGCGUAGAAUGUUUCCCUGUUUUGUGGAAAAACUUAAAGAAAUGGGCAACCUGCCAGCAAUAUUUUUUUUCUACAACAUUCAUUCAGUGGAAAUGUCAGCUUCACGACUUUUUACGAAUUUGAUAAGUAAACAAAAUACUCAUAAUGAUCCAAAUUCUGAAAAAGAAAAGAAGAUUUUGAGGAGGAAACUAUGGAAAGCAACACGGACUCAAAGAAGAAACUGUGCUGUUUUUUUUAAUUCAGAUUCUGGUGCUAGAAUUCAAAGAAUCAUUUUAUUGGCAGCUGAAAUAAAGGAAAUAAGGAAAAACCUUAAGAAGCAUUAUGCAAUUUCUCCAGACUGUACUUAUACUGAUCGUACAGUUGUGGAUCAUCAGACUUUAACAAAGAUCUUACACAGACUGAGAGGAACGAGGCAAAGCUACAGACUGCAUGGUCUGUUAAGGCGGGGCAUUGGAUAUCAUCACGGUUCAAUGGAAUAUAAACACAGACAAGUUGUAGAGAUGCUUUUCAGACUGAAGCACAUCAAGAUGUCUGGUCGUGCAGGAAGACGUGGAGAAGAUCUUAUAGGAAAUGUGUUCUUCUAUGGUAUCCCGUUACCUAAGAUAGAAAGACUCUUAAAGUCAAAUGUGCCGAAACUGAAGGGUCAGUUUCCUCUAAGCAUAACCUUGGUUCUCAGACUUAUGCUGUUAGUUGCCAGAGCAGAUGACAAAGAGGAUGCCAAAGCAAAGGCAUUAUCCGUUCUCCAGCAUUCAUUGAUGUCCUUCAAGAAACCCAAUAUCCAGUGCAUGUUGAAGUUUUACUUUAUAUAUUCUUUGCAAUUCUUGGUCACCGAGGGUUACCUGAAUCAAGAAUGUGUUCCCAUCGGAUAUUCUGGACUAGUGUCCCAUUUGCACUACCAUGAACCUGCAAACUUUGUUUUUGUAAGCUUGUUGGAGAAAUGUUUAUUUCACAAGUUGUGUAUUCCAAUGAACGUAAAAGGCCCGAAGAGAUUUUCUAAUGAUGUGAUGGAAACUUUAGUGAUGGUGUUAGCAAAUCUUUUUGGGAGACACCAUCUUUCUCCCUGUGUGAAAAAAUUGAAAAAGAGAUUUCCUCAUUCAGUGGUAAUUCUAGAUGAUCUUCCCAAGGAAUUUGCUGAAGUGGUAAAGGAACACAAUAACAGAGUUCAAAAGAAUUUUGGUUCCUUCCUCCUAACAAUUUCUAAGUUGGCUGACAUGAAAAAAGAAUAUCAACUACCUCUCUCAGAAAUUGACUUUUCAGGUAAAGAAUAUGAAGACUCUGAACUGGUCUCUCAUUUGAUGCCUGGGACUGAGAGCAGAACUGCUGUUUCCCCAUUUGCUUGCCUGUCAAAUAUAACUGAUCAAGAUUUAUUUGAUAUUGAUGUGGUAAAUGAUGCUAUGUUACGAACAAUUGAUGUGCAUGAUAAAAAUAUUCCUAUCCUUUGCUUGGAGAAACGUGAUAAGAAUGGAAGGAAGUGUCCAUUGAAUGGUUAUGUAUUGAACUUCUACAAAACUGGUUCCCUGUCAGCACUUACUUUGGAUAAUUGGUUAAAUAUGGGAGAUGCUUUUCAUUUAAUCAGAAGUUUCGCACUUACUGUUCAGUCCAUCAGGAUUUCACUAGGUGAUUUAUGUGAUGAUGAAGAUGACAACGUUGUGUUAGCAUUUAAACAACUAAGUGACGAUUUCAGGAUGAAACUUGGGAAAAAAAUAGACUGAUAAAGUUAAAUUUCACCUGAGUACUGUGCUCCUAGAAAACAAAGAUGACUUUUUGUGUUUCAGGAAAUGGAUUAUUGCAAAGAACCACUCUUUCUUAUAUGAUUUAGACUUGCAUAUGGCCCCUUUGUAUACCUAUGACAAUCUUCAGCACACCAAAUUUCCAUUCUUUGUUUCAUAAAUGAUUAAUUACACCGUUUCUCCCUGCUGACCAAUCUGGACAAAAUGGCAGCUAACAUAACCAACUGUAGUCAGGCUUCUCCCCUCCAUACAGGCCCUGAACUUGAAUCCUUAGGCUCCUCCUUAAAACUGCCUGGGGGCAUUCUCAGAUCAACUGUCCCUGAUCAACUGUCCAAUCUGAGAUCAACUGUGACUGGGAAUAUCAGCCAAAGACAUUCCCAGAUCACAGUAUACAUUCCCCCCAUUCCCUUACACCUGAUGCUUUUUAGCCUUGUUUUCUCAUCCCGAUAAAUUAGAAAUCUUUCCUGGCUGACGUUUGAGACCCCUGAAAAUCUCAGUGAGAGCGUUUCCCUGACUGUAUUACCACCCGCCCCCCGCCCCCAACCUUUCCCUAUUGCAACAGG